AUGCGCCUGAACGCAGUUUCAUCCAACUCCAACUCCACCUCGACUCUUACUGUGACCGAGCCUGCUAAUAAUGAAAAUGACAAAGAAUGGGUGCGCUCUCGCAGGCUGACUGAUCCGUUGACCAGCCAGCCUGCAAAGGCGCCGCUUACAGACCGUCGUUCGUCGGAUUCUGCCGCUCGUCUUCUCCAGACUCCGAAAUCCACCUCCAACUUGGCCGUCUAUACGGGCAACAACAGCAGCAAUUCCUGCGCCAUCAGCUCUGACAGUCUAUCUGACCCUUCCCUUGCCUGCUUCUCGCCACGCAAAAUAAAUGCCCUGAAGCCUCCGACACGAACCACGCCAACCAGCAUCCCUACGCUACUAAUACAGACACCCCGGGCACAGACCACCCGUGACCUACAUGAAUUAUCUCCAGCGUCUGCCAACAAUAAUUCCGCAGCCUCUUCCACCACUCCUCCAACCACCUCCUCUUCCGCAACUUCACGUUCGCUAAAAUCCCAACCCAGCCUCGAGCCAAAGUCUCCCCAUCAGAAAAGGUCUCCCGCGUCUCGAAGUUCCUGCGGAAUCGAAACGUCAACUGGUCCACCGCCCGCGCUUUCCACACAGCGCUCCCUGUCCUAUGACAAAUCCCGGCCCAAUACAAAAGCAUCAACAGCGACUUCGCUUCAUAGACCAAGGUCUUUCGGAAGUACCGCAAGAUCGAAAACAAAACCUCAACCUCCCGUCCGGCAUCCAGCAUUGAUGAAGUCUUGA